AAAUCUGGGAUCAAGUUGUCAGAAAAAACUCUGGAAAAUGGCAAGCAAUUGCCAAGCACCAAGUAAACAAUAUGUUUAGUCCUUCAGAAGAGGAGCUGAAAAGCCAGGCUUAUAGAUGGGCAAAGACAUAUAACCUGGAUGUAAUGGAAGCCCUAAUUCCAGAUAAACCCAAGUGUGCAGUAUGUGGCUCUGCGGCCACAAAACGCUGCUCCCGUUGUAGGAAUGAAUGGUAUUGCAAACGAGAGUGUCAAGUGCAGCACUGGCAAAAGCACAAGAAAGCUUGCAAUUUGAUUGCCGAUACGGUGAAGAAAAUACAGGAAGAUGUACAGAUGCAAGCAACAUCCAUUAAGUAAUUCUGAU